AUGGGUCUGAGCUCUUCCAAGGCACACCCCAAGGUGACCAAGGUGGCACCGAUGCACGCUGGGGGGGAUCUGCCCACUCUCGCCACCCCGUACCGGCUCCCCGGCCUGCACCCAUCAGCCACGGCGGAGUGGGGACAACCCACCUUUCACCAGCAACUUCCACCUCUCCGGGAGACCUGGUACGGGAGAACCUCUGCAGGGCCCCUUUCUUUCAACACCGUGCCGGAAAAGGGAGAGACCAGCAUCAUUAAACAGCACCCACCUCGAAGACCUCAAAGGCUUGAACCUGCCGGCCCUCCACAAGCAAUCGCUCCUGCAAAGCCCUGGGGUCAGCAAGAAGUGGCUGCAAGCCCAAAAGUGAAGGCUGUGGAGAAGAGGGGGCAAAGCCUGAGACACCCCCCUGGCAGGCGGCAGCACUUGCACAAGCUGCAGAUGCUGGACCUGACCCGCAGGCGCCAAGAGGCAGAGCUGAGGCGAAAUCUCCACAGGGAGUCAAAAAUCAAUAAACAAAAACCCAAGGAACUCAGCCCAAAGAAAGUCCUUGACGCUCUCCAGAGAGGAGACAGCGCUGAAAUCCAAGAGCUUGUCCCUACUGAGCACAAUCAGCGUUUUCAUGGAGACGACUGUGGAAACACAGUGGGUGGAGGACUCUUCAGGCCACAUGAUGAGGCUGAGCUGUCUCCAGGCAGGAGCAGGAAGGCUGACCUGUUGUUCUGCAAGGAGCCGCGGGUGAGGGAUCUGUUCUGGGACACCUCCAGCACAGGCUCUGAGGAGUGGGAAAGGGAAGAGAAGAAGAUUUACCACAAACCUGUGCUUGUGAGAACCAAGACGGAGAGAAUUUCUCUCUUUGAUGACUUCUUUGACAAGGAUUUCUAG